AUGGUUGGGCCUGGUCUGGGAAUUAAUCGAGUGAGGAGAAAAGGUGUUUAUUCCACAAAAAAGGGAAGUGGUGAUAACUUACUGUUAAUGAAAAGACAAGGAAAACAUGACAUACAUGAUAGAGAAAGUGACGACUUAUCAGGCCAUGAUGCCUUUUCCCCCUCAAAAAAGCGCGGCAAAAUAGACAGUAUCACAGAAGAUGAGAUUGAAGUAAAAAAGCUUUCCACUGUGGCCACAUUUGAUAAACUUUCGAGGUCAUUUCCAAAUUCAGAAGUACAAGCCGCAAAGAAUGCAGCACUCAGAGGAAAAGAAAAAGAAGAAGAGAAGGUCGUUUCUAUCCCACUAAUACAGAAUUUGAAAAAUGAAGAUAUCGAGUCUAUCAAAUGCAGGAACAAUAAUCUUUUAGACGGUAAAAAAUUACUCUUGGAGGCAGAACUAUCGGCAGUUGAAGAUAACCAAAUCUUCUCCUCUUCAUUUCCCGAGGAUAAAAAGCUAUCGUUACAAAGUUGUUUGAGUUCUAAAGAGCAGAUAAUCAAAAAACUUCAAGUAAGGGAAGAAUACAUGAGCAAGUUCAAACUACCACCCAUGUUGUUUUCGGAUGAGCUACUCACUGAAGUAGAACCCUUCAUGCCCAUUGUAAUGGACAUAUUGGAGGGAAAGAUAUCGUCUGUAUACUAUUUUGAAGCAAAAAAUGCAUUCAAAAACUCACAAAAGGCUUACUUGUCCGUAGAUGAGUUUAGAAAGUUGAAUUUAAACAAAUUUACUGCUGGAUUUUACGGCCUGAAAAGGCAAUUGAGGGUUGGCGAAGAAAUCGCUAAGAGAUAUAAAAGGGCACUCACGCACAAUCAGCCCGCAACCUUAAAAUGGUGGGGGAUAACAGAUUUCUGUAACUACGUUUUGGCUCCAGAAACCCUUACGUCUUUUUGUAUUUACCAAUUAAAUCUCUCGAAUAAAUCUUGCUCGUCGAAGACACCGAAUAAACAUCCAAAGCAACAAUUAAACGAGAAGGAAUAUUACUACGAUCCCGAAUUAAGGAUGCUAGCCUAUGACUUACUCGAGGAUACAGUUGAAUACGGUAUCAUAGUAGCCGACUCUGAUCCAAUUGAGCAAUGGGAAGCUGCCAUAGAGGAAGACCGUCUGCGGGAACUGAAACUCGAUGUUCAUAACUAUUCCAGCAGGAGAUGGCGACUGGAUACGCACGAUUAA